AGUUUUAAACCUCCUGUACGAACCGAAACAUGGCGUCUUCAGCUAAAACACUGUAACGCUACUGACACCGCAUUAUGUACACGUUUGUGCAAAUUAAGUCACCGAGGGGAGAUUAAGUACGGAUUAAUUAAUUAGAGGAGGAGGGAUUGUUUUUUGCAAGUGCAGCUAUCCAGAAAUUGUGAUGAAAUGGAUGUAGAAAAUAUUUCAAACAAGCUCCACUAUCACAUAGAGGAGGGAGAAUUGAGAGAGAUACAGUUUCUCCUGGACCCAGUCCUAGAGAAGGCAGUCAUCUUACAGAUCGAAGAGAAGUUUUUACAAAGACAGCCAUCCACAGACCCCGUUAACCUAGCAAUAACACACAAACAGGAACAGGUCGCCAUCUACCUGGUGGAGAAAGAGUUCUCUGUAGACAGGGUGUUUCAUUGGGACAACCAGAACUGUGACCAGUGGUGCUACUACGACCACGGUGUGGACAUCUGCGCCUCAGAAUACACCGCGGCCGACCACGCGGAGAAACAGAACCUGUACAAGCUCAACCAACUCAUCAACGAAAUCCGCCAGGGAAAGAGGAAGCCCGGCCAUGGUCUAACGGUGCUCAACAUCCCCAACUAUGUAACCAAGUCCGCCGUACAACGGCAGGAGGUCAAGGCUGAACGGCAUUUAUACAAUAUGGAGGCACCCAGAAGAAAGGACGUUGAGGAUGCGCAUGAAAUACUCGAUAAAUACGGGAAAAACUUUGUAACGAAGGAAGGAAACACCCUUCUUCAUUUGUAUCUAGAAAAACCCAAGGUGUAUAUCUAUAUCUUUGCCAAUGCAGGUGUACCCGUAAACAUACAGAACACGGAUGGGGACACGGCGCUUCACAUCGCCGUCCGUUGCGGACUGCUGGAUUCUGUGGAGGCUUUACUACAAUGUAGUGCAGAUCUCGGAAUCAGGAACAAAAUGGGAAUGAAGGCGAUGGACGAUGCCGAUCCAAAGAGAGAGGACAUCACGACUUUGUUAAACACAUUCAAGCCUGGCAUUGUUACCGCCAUUUGUAAAGGCAAUAUUAGGACUAUAGAGAUAUACAAGCGCUUUUGGGGUAGCACAGAGGCGGUGACUAACAAGGAAGGUAGAACUCUUCUAGAAUUUGCAGAGGCAAAGGCCAUGACAGAGAAAGGCACAGUUGCCAGCUGUUUCCGUAUUCUUCAGGAAUUCAGGAAAACCAGUGAACUUAUCCACGCCGUUUUAUGCGAGGACGUGGAAACAGUUAGAAGUAUUAUUCAAAAUGAAAAAGGAUGGGCUGUAAACCUUAGGUUUAAGGAUCGAAUCGGAAAGACUCUGCUGUCACAAGCUGUAGACGCCAACAACUUGGAGCUAGUAACGCUGUUAGUGGAUUCUCCCGCCUGUGCAAGAAUCAAAGGCAUCAGAGUCCGAGAGCAUGAAGGGACAAAUGUUACAGUGCCAUUAUUCCACAAGUCUCUCCAUCCCGAUAUCAACAUCGACAUCGCCAAAUACCUCCACUCCGUCAUGCGGGACCCCUCUGAACACUCCGAAAAAGACAAGAACGGCAACACAGCAGUAUUAAGGGCGAUAGAAAAUGGCUGUUCCGUCAAGUUUGUUCAGUGGCUGAUCCAGUGUACUAAGGGACUGUGUCUUGUGGACAGAAAUAAGGAUGCUCUAACUCCAAAGGAACUCGCGCAAUCGCUCAACAGGGACGACAUCGUUCAAAUGAUUGAUAAGUACAUAAUCGAAAAAAUGGUACCAGCCCAGUUGCCAAAAUUUUCUGGGUGCUUCCUCAAGGAAAAAGACAUCUCUACUAUCAAAGAUGAGCAAACUGGGAAGACGUUGGCAGAGAAAGCGUUGGAGGACGAUCGUUUUGAUGCGCAAAAAUGGCUCAACUUCCAUGAUGUACAGAAUCACGCAAUUCGUCUGUUUGAGGCGGCGGCUCUCGGGAAUGCAGACAUUGUAGAGAAGACGUACGAUUCAAACUACAGGGACAAGAAUGGGUACACCGCCAUGAUCCGUGCCGUGGCCUUUCAGCAGUACGAGGUGGUCCGAUAUCUCUGUAUAACCCGCCCCGUACUGAAGUCCAUCCCAGACAACUGCAAUCGGUAUCCUCUACAUUAUGCUUAUGCGCUACCAGAGCUGUUCGGGAGGAAAUUCAUCGAGUUAUUAUUGGAACAAAAUCCACAGGCUCUUGAACAAAAAGUAGACAAGGACGGACGAUCUCCAGCGGAUUACGCUAAAAUAAGAGAUUCUUUGGAAAUUCAAAAAAUGCUGUAUGAUGCCAGAACAUUGGAUCUGUACGGAAAGAGGGGCCCGCCCUUAGGACCAUGGCCUGACGGUGCGAGUCGCAGACCCCCAGACGAAAAUCAACCAAUGGAUUUCCUUGACGUCAUGUGAUCUCUUCCACGUGACCAUUAUUUUUAGUAACAUUUCAAAUGCUGUGAUAAAAAAGCUCAACGUUUUCCAAAAAAACCCUCUGUAUCAUAUGAUGUAUAUUUUUCAACUCGAUAUGUUGUUUAAUUGUAACAAUUAAUAAAAUAUUUUUAUAUC